AUGCCGUUGAUUUUACAAGUACUACUCUUUUACUGUACUUUACUAUUUACUCUGUCAUCGAUUCCGACUAUUAUUGAAACAGAUAUUGGUUCCGAUUAUGACGAUCAGUUUGCCUUGAUCUAUCUUCUAUCUCGCCCAGAUUUAUUUGAUUUAAAAUUAGUAGUGGUCUCAACGUAUAACACAACAGCAAGAGGACAAAUCGUAGCAAAAACAUUAGCCGCAUUCAACAGAUAUGAUGUGACAUUGGCAUUAGGACGAUAUACAGAAAAUAAUUGGCCGGAAAACAAUAUUUGGGAAUAUGAAUGGGCAAAAGAUUAUACAUUAGAAGAAUUUCAGCAGCACGGUGGUAAAGUUGAAUAUGAUGGUGAAUCAGCUUUACUUCAAGAAUUAUUAAAAUCUACAACUACCAAUGUUUAUAAUUUCAUUCAAAUAUCGCCAGUCACAUCACUUGGUCAUGUACUCAAACAAAAUUCAAAUUUAAAUCUGACCAAUGUAAGAUUAUUCGCUAUGGCUGGAUCUAUUUAUCAAGGAUACGUCAAUCAAACAUCAGCAGAUAUUGAAUAUAAUAUUUUAAAUAAUAUUCCAGGUGCACAAUUAAUGUUUAAGAAAAAAUGGAAAGAGUUUAUGCUAGCAUCAUUGGAUUGUACAAAAUAUUUUCAAUUCAAUGGUCCUAUUUGGCAACAAUUUCUUAAUCAUUCUAUGAGUAAAUUAAUUUUGGAUAGCUUUAAAAUAUGGUAUGAAAAUGGUGGUAAACAUUUGGAUACACUUCAACCUUAUUCACCUCUAUUUGGUACAAGCGCAUUACAUGAUUUAUUGGCUGUUUAUUUAGUUAUUAAUGAUCGAAAUACAAUAAUUAGUGAAGAAUUGCCAUUGAUAAUUACAGAUCAGGGCUAUACAAUAAUUAAUAAGUCGACUGGCAUGCCUGUACAAACAUGUUUAAGGUUUAAAACAAAUGAAUCAGUGAAUGAAAUUGGAGCAAUUAUAUUAAAUACCAUAAUAAAUGCGAGAAGUGAAUGCACAACUAUUUACGUGAAUAUAUUUUUAUCAGUGUUUUCGUUAUUUAUCGGUAUAAUAGCAACGUUUAGUCAGCAGUAUAGGUGA